AUUAUGAAAUGUAAUAUUACCUAUCUUUUCUAUCUUUAUAUAGAUCUAGUUAAUACCAGCAAGGGGAGAUUAGACAGUUUAUAUAAAUCGAUCACAAAUAUGUUUACAUACAUGUCGUAGUGGCAGAACAUUAAAUAAAAUGAAUCGAGUGCACCAAAGUUUAAACGAAUUUAUAUAAAAUGAAAAUAAUAAACACAUUUCUGCGAAACAACAAUUACAAGGUUUGUUUUUGAUUUAUCAAAGCAACUAAUGCAAACAUUAUUUUAAAGAUGUUGAAAACUAACAAAACAUUGAAAUUUGUAUGAAAUGUUUUCGUAAAAGAUGCGUUAGAUAAUCUGUAUCAAAAGACGUUUGUGUAACCAAAGACGCUUUCUUGUCCUAACUGCACUGUGGAAAUGUAUAUCUUUCUCAGUUUCUGUAAAUGCAAAGUGUUUCUAGAUAUGGUUACUAAAUUAUAAAACUACAAGUGAAAUACUAUUAAACGACGAGCAGCAUCGCAUAGGCUGGCAUUAGCUGCUGUUGUAAAUAAGUAGUGUUCAUCUGUUCAGGUGUUUCGUCAUAUCGUCAGGUACGCUUGCCGCGGCUUGGACAACUGAGAUGCCAAGUUACUACAGACCCUACCAUUCCUGAUCACCAUGAAAUAUCUCUCGCACGUCCUACUUUGUAUUAAGAUUUGUUCUAGAUAGUAACCUUUACUAAUCUACGUAUACAUGCACUGUAUACAUAAAAUAGUUCGGCUGUACAUACGGAUUCAAGAGAUUUAUAACCUAAACCAGUUGUGAUAAAGUUUUAUAAGCGUAUGAGAGAAAUUUAAACUUAAGACGUAUCCAUAUUUGAUAUAUAUGUGAUCGAAUAAAGAUGAUAUACAUUACCACUCCCCGGGUAUUUGUUUUUUCGCAUGUAGCAACUGUCCAAUCAAGUAUGCACAAUAUCCAGGGCAGUGUUCGUGAUCAUAAUUACAUCUGUAUUUCUUUAAUUGCACUGAAGUAAAUUGAUUUGCAAUAGACAUUUGAAAUAUUGAUGAGAUGGAAUCAAAUAAGCUUUUACCAGUGACAGUCUUGAACGAAAAUGGCUAAAGAUUGGUCGAGAACAUUGUAACAACAUUCAUUAUUCAUUGCCUUAGUAAGACAGAAAAAUGAGUUUACUAACAUCCAAGAAUGACCAAGAUUCUUCAGACAUUGAUGAACAGAAGAUAUUCUCUUGUGUGACGAUGGAAUAUUUUGAGGAUGGUCUUUUCGAUUGCAUAGUAAUGAAUAAAGGAUGUAAAAUUUUGGAUUAUUUAAAGAAAGGUCUUGAUAUAAACCAUGCUUUCCGAAGUACAGAUAGGCCAGAUAGACUGGGCAAAACGUUGUUAGAAAUAGCAGUUUUGUACGGCGUGACUGAUGUCGUCAAAAUCUUAAUAAAACGGAAAUGUGACGUCAAUUUGACAUACGUUGUAAACAUUAAGGACUUUUCUUAUCAACUGGAAGAAUUUAAGAAAAGAGAUAAACUCAAACUGACGUGCAUGUAUAGAUGUAUUGUUCAGGCUGAUAUCCACCUAAUUAAGAUGUUAGUAAAUGCAGGAUUUGACGUGAAUGCCUUUGACGAGCGUGGUUGCACAUCCAUAUGGCAUGCUGCUGAUCUUAAUAAUUAUGACAUGUUAAAAUCGAUGUUACUAUCUAAGGAAGCCGACGUGAACAAGGCUGACAACACUCGUUUAACACCGCUUCAUAUAUCAGCAAUGAAAGGUAACGUGAAAAUGACGUCACUUCUUAUACAGCGUGGUGCUGACGUGGAUAAAGUCCAAUUACGAGGAUCAACCGCACUGAUUCUUGCUUGCCGAGCGGCAGAUUAUGACACUGUGCGAAUACUGCUGCUGAAUGGUGCCGAUCCCAAUCACGUGGGCUAUAACGGUCACAAUGUUAUAUCAACGGCUUUACAAUCAACGAAGGACAUAAGAAUACCAGAAAUGCUUAUAUCUUGUGGUGCUCUUGUAGAUUUAGAACUCAUUGACUUGUGUAGAAAGGAGGGCAAGAAAUUUCUUCUAUUGAAAGAGCAUCCUGAAUUCUUUGAACUUUUGAAGGAGUGUGCAUUUACUCCACGGACAAUGAAAACAUUGUGCUGUCUGAAUAUUCGAAGACUGCUGGUCCAGUCACGUGUCAAAAUGCAUUUGAUUAAAAAAGUGGAGAAACUACCAUUACCGCGUCUCAUAAAGGAUUACCUUCUAUUCGGUCAUGUCUAGUCAUACUUUCUUACCACGUGAUUUGUUGUUGUAGAUAUCUUUAGGUAGUAUAUGUUCGAAUAAUGUGUUUAAAAACAUGUUUAUAACAUUUUCCGUCCAUAUAUUACACCACUUGUUUACAAAACGUUGAUAUUUGUUCUUGGUGUCAUGCUUAAUCUCGAAUGCUCACCAUAGGUAUAAGAACUACAUGACUAUGAAAAUUUGUAUAGAAUAUGUCAUCUGUUAAUGCUCAUACCUUAAUAUCUCUAAGAUUGUUUAUUUUUUUUUUUCAUGACAACUUAUUGUUUCAUACUGAACUAUUAUUAUGAACAGUCAGUUCCUGACAGCAAAACACGAAUUGACUUUCUUUCAAGUUUAAUUCAAUACAAUUCUUUGGUUAACGUUUUGAUGGAAUAAACUUCAACAUUCUACAGGCUUUUUCUCUCUGUCAGUUAUGUACAGUCACUGAUGUUCCAAUGAUUUCAUGUAUGUUCUUGAAAUAAAAUAUCAGAUGAG